AUGGACCCCCUGACCGCAGCCAACACGACCUUUGCACUGGAGCUGUUCAGAGCCCUGAGCCAAGAGGAUCCCAAGGCCAACCUGUUCUUCUCACCCUUCAGUGUAUCCUCGGCCUUGGCCUUGGUAUUAUUGGGCACACGUGGCAGCACUGAGGCACAGCUGGCAAAGACUCUUCAUUUGGACACAGUGAAGGAGAUUCAUUCGAGAUUCCAGAGCCUGAACUCCGAUAUCAAUAAGAAUGGCACUUCCUACAUCCUGAAGGUCGCCAACAGGCUAUAUGGGGAGAAGACCUACAAGUUUCUUCCCGAGUUCUUAGAUUCAACUCAAAGAACAUAUGGUGCUGAGCUGGCCCACAUGGACUUCCAGAGUGCACCUGAAGAGGCCAGGCAGGUGAUCAAUGAAUGGUAAAGCCAGAAGCUUGAAGGGAAAAUCCCAAAAUUGUUGGCCGCAGGGGUGGUGAACAGCAUGACCAAACUGGUGCUGGUGAAUGCUAUAUAUUUCAAAGGGAAGUGGCAGGAGGAAUUCUCCAAACAUGCAACGCAGGAAGCUAUAUUCAGGCUGAAUCAGAAAGACACCAAGAAGGUGAAGAUGAUGUAUCAGAAGAACAAAUUCCCCCUGGGCUACAUCAAGGACCUCAGGUGCCAAGUGCUGGAGCUUCCCUACCAGGGCAAGGAACUCAGCAUGGUCAUCCUGCUGCCCAAUGACAUUGAGAAUGGGACUACAGGCCUCCAGAAGAUUGAGAAGCAGAUGACUUUGGAGAAACUGAAUGAGUGGGUGAACCCAGAGAACAUGUCUACUAAGGAGGUCAAAGUCUAUCUUCCCAGGUUCAAGCUGGAGGAAAAUUACACCCUCAACACUCCUCUUGCCUAUCUGGGCCUGACCCAGCUCUUUGAUCCCAACCAGGCUGACUUGUCAGGCAUGUCGGGGGCCUGCGAUCUUUUCAUUUCCAAAAUCGUGCACAAGUCCUUCGUGGAGGUGAAUGAGGAGGGCACUGAAGCCACAGCUGCCACACCAGCUGUCAAGCUUAUGAGGCGAGACAGAGAGUUCAAGUGUGACCACCCUUUCCUCUUCCUCAUCCGUCACAAUGCCUCCAGCACCAUCCUCUUUCUGGGCAGGUUUACUUCCCCCUAA